CUCGGUGGGCCACUCUUGACUCUACCGUCAAACAGUGGAUUUAUUCCACCAUCUCCUUCGACCUUCUCUCCACUGUUAUGGAGAAAGGUUCUACUGCUAUGGCUACUUGGAACCGUAUAGCUUCUAUGUUUGAGGACAAUCAGAACUCUCGUGCAGUCGCUCUCGACCAGGAUUUCAUCUCCACUCGCAUGGAGGAUUUUCCUAAUGUUUCCGCCUAUUGUCAGCGUCUGAAACAUAUCUCUGAUCAGUUGCGGAAUGUUGGUGCCCCAGUCAGUGACCAUCGUCUUGUUCUUCAGUUGGUCUCUGGUCUCACUGAGCCCUUUCGUGGUGUUGCCACCCUGAUCCGUCAGAGCGAGCCUUUGCCACCUUUCCUCAAGGUCCGCUCCAUGUUGAUUCUAGAGGAAUCUGGUCUCGCCAGGAUGUCAGGUCCGGCCUCUCAGACUGCUUUGCACACCUCUGCUUCCCGUCCACAGGCCUCCGUUGACUCCUCUCAGCAGCGCCCCACCUACCGCAGCGAUCAGGGCCACUCCAACCAUCGUUAUGGGUCAGGGCACAAUCGCAAUUAUCAGGGUGGUUCUGGUAAACCUAAGAAGAAAGGUGGCUCCCGUUAUCCUGGAUCAUCUGGCUCCUCUGGUUCCUCUGCUGCAUCUCCUCCACCCUGGCGCCCACCACCGCAGGCAUCCUGGAAUCCCUGGGGUUGGGCUCCUCCCCCUGGUUGGGCUCCUUCCCCUUGGGGCAUGCCUCCUUGUCCUUACCCCACAUCUCAGUGGUCACGUCCCAUGAGUGCUCCGCAGCAACCCAGCGUUUUAGGUCCGCGUCCUCAGGCCUACACCGCUACUGCUUCUCCAGCACCCACUGAUAUCGCUGCUGCCAUGCACACCAUGUCUUUGACUCCUCCAGACACCACGUGGUACAUGGACACCGGCGCCUCGUCCCAUACUGCGGCAUCUCAAGACGGGGAUGCCUCUCCUGAGAUGUAACAGCCUCGGCGACCUCUACCCAGUCACUCGUUCCUCUCCCUUUGCUGGUCUUGCUUCUAGUGUCUGGCACAAUCGACUUGGUCAUCCAGCUUCCUCAGCUUUAAACCAUCUUAGGAAUACUAAACUUAUUUUUUGUGAACCUUCGUGUUCUAGUUCUGUUUGUGAUUCUUGUGUUUUAGGCAAACAUGUCCGGUUGCCUUUUAGUUCAUCUGAAACUAUUACUUUGAGACCAUUUGAUAUUUUGCAUAGUGAUUUAUGGACGUCUCCUGUUUUAAGUACUGCUGGUCAUCGUUAUUACGUUUUGUUUUUGGAUGAUCACACUGAUUUUUUAUGGACGUUUCCGAUUAGCAAGAAAUCUCAGGUUUAUGAAAUGUUUACUACUC